AUGAGCCCUCCUGCUCUUGACGUCGGUUCGACGGGAACGCCCGUCUCCAUCAGCCCAUUGACCGUGGAUGGCAUCGCUGCUCUGCGCGCCAAGGGGUCGAAGAUGCCGCUGGGCGUCGCCGCGGGGAGUAGCAGUGAUAUGUUCAAGAGUCCGGCAUGCUUCGCGAAGCCCAAGGCGAAGCGGUGGGAUCAUGUCAUUUCUCUCGAGUCGCGUUCCCGCAAGUCGUCGACGCUUAAGGGGGCUGCCAAGUACAUGAAGAACCCCGGAUUGAUUUCGCUCGGUGGUGGCUUACCGUCUGCCGACUACUUCCCCUUCGAACACAUCGACUUCAAGGUGCCAAAGGUGCCGCAGUUCUCUCCGGAAGAGACAAAGGAGACCGGUGUGCUGCUCAAGGCAACCAAGAAUGACAUUCGUGAGGGGAAGAGUCUAUAUGAUCUCGAAAUUUGUCUCAACUACGGCCAGGCCACGGGCUCUGCCCAGAUGAUUCGCUGGGUUACGGAACACACAGAGUUGAUCCACAACCCCCCGUACUCAGACUGGCAGUGUUGCCUGACCCCCGGAAGCACGGCUGCAUGGGAUUCCACUCUGAGGCUGUUCUGCGAGAGGGGUGACUAUAUUCUGAUGGAGGAAUACACAUUUGUCAGCGCGCUGGAGACGGCCCUCCCCCUGGGUGUCAAGGGUCUCCCCGUCGGAAUGGACGAAGAAGGUCUCCGGCCCGAUGCCCUGGACGAGAUCCUGUCCAACUGGGAUGAAACGGCGCGGGGCGCGCGCAAGCCGUUCCUCCUCUACACCAUCCCUACGGGCCAGAACCCCACGGGCGCCACGCAAUCUCUGGAGCGCCGCAAGGCUGUAUACCAGGUCGCGCAGAAGCACGGGGUCUACAUCAUCGAAGACGAGCCCUACUAUUUCCUGCAGAUGCAGCCGUACGCCGGCGCCGAGGGCAAGGCCGUACCCCCCCCGGCCAACCAUGACGAGUUCCUCAAGUCGCUGGUUCCUUCGUACCUGAGCAUCGACGUCGACGGCCGCGUCUGCCGCCUCGAGUCCUUUUCCAAGGUCAUCUCCCCCGGUUCCCGUGUCGGCUGGCUGGUCGCCUCCGAACAGAUCAUCGAGCGCUUUACCCGCCAGUUCGAGGUCUCCACCCAGAACCCCAGCGGCUUCUCGCAGAUUGCUCUCUACAAACUGCUGGACGAGCAGUGGGGCCACGCGGGUUAUCUGGACUGGCUCAUCCACCUGCGUCUCGAGUACACCAACCGCCGCGACUCGCUCAUCCAUGCUUGCGAGAAGUAUUUCCCUACUGACAUUGUCAGCUGGAUCCCCCCCGCUGCCGGCAUGUUUCACUGGAUCGAGGUCGACUGGCGCAAACACCCCAAGAUCGCAUCCAAGACGCACGACGAGAUCGAGGAGGCAAUCUUCAUGGCGGCCGUUGAGCGCGGAGUGCUCGUUUCGCGCGGCAGCUGGUUCAAGGCCGACGGCAGUGUCAAGGAGGAGAAGAUGUUCUUCCGCGCAACGUUUGCCACUGCAUCGGAAGAGCAGAUCUUCCAGGCUAUUUCUCGCCUUGCGGACGCUGUCAAGCAGGAAUUUGGCCUGUAA